UGUUGAAAAGUGAAAGUGGGGCAAUCAGCUUGUUCCUCCAUUGCUCUUGAAUGCGUCAUACAACUCGUGACUGUAACAGUUCCAAUAGCGUCAUGCUUAUUUUCGGAUUUGGUUGCGUGUUUGAGCAUUCCAAUGCUUUGCGCAUGAGAUUGCAUAAGCUAGUCUACUACACAGUAGGUCAUCUGCGCUGCAUUAGCUUGUGCGGAUCAUAUUAGCUGUCUACGUAUCAAGAUACCAAUCAAGGUUAACUGAAUGUCUGUUAGGUUGCAAGAUUUGUGACGUACUCUAAUUGGUUUGUCAAUCAAGGUGUGAUAAGCAUUGACUAAUAUUAUUGUCCAGCAUGAUGUCUCAGGACCGGCUUUUGGAAUCUGUAGAGUCUGGCUUUGAGGGUUCAUUGAUAAUGUGCAGAGAGGACAGGGAUGUGUCUCCCACUGCAGACACUGUUUUGGAGCCACUUCAACAUACACUAUCAAGACUAGAGCGUGAGGUGGCUACAAUGGCGAAGAGUAACGUAAAGUUGAGGAGGAAAGUAAAGGAGUUAGAAAAGGCAAAUACAACACUCAGAGAGCAGGAGAAAAGCUUGAAUAAUGAAAACAACUUUUUGAAGGAUCAGAGGGAAGCUCAUAUUCAGCAGACGAAAACUCUAGCAAAAGGAAAGGAAAGUGAACUGUUACUAGAGAAACGAAAGAACUUGUUGUUAGAAGUUGAAGUCAGCAGUUUACAAAGAGACAUUGACAAGUUGCAAAAGAAAUGCAAUAAACUUGAGCAAGACAAUGAUGAACUAACAGCAAAGAAUAAAGAGCUGGAGGAUACAAUAGCACAUUCGAAAGGAAGAUGUGAUGUGGGCAACGUACUAGACAGUCAUACAGCUGCUCUACAAUCAAUAAUUAGGUUAUCAGAGGAAUCACUUGCCAUACAAAGAGAUUUAGGAAACAGACAACAAACUUCAGUCAGGGACAGUGAUGCACAAUUGAUGGUUUCUUCAUCUCUGCCGUGUUCAUCAAGUUUAGUGGAUCGAGAAUGGGGAGAAAACGUUCGGCGUCAUUUUUAUGACAUGGUUAGAGUCUUGAAACUCGGCGGCUUACUAGAUCGUCUUUAUGCAAAGGACCUUCUCACCACAGAAGAAUAUCAAUUACAACUGACAUCAACACAAUCAGAGAAGGAUAGAAUUCGAUUAUUGUUGAUAAGCAUUUUACCAUCUAAAGGUAAAGGAGCGUUUCAGAAGUUUUGUCACGCACUCAGACAAGACGAGUCUCCUGGAACAAGGGCAAUUGCUGAUCUCAUCGAUAAGAGUUAACGACUCUGAUGAUAUGUUGACCAACAGAGUCAUAUGUUGAAACCAAUGCUUGUUGUUAUAUUCUGAGAAUAUUAUUUUUUAAAGAAACUUGUAGGAAUGAAGUGUGUGCUCAUGUAUACAGAUGGUGCAGGUUUACUAGCAAUGAACUAACUAUAUUGAACACAUAGCAACCCGGUAUGAGGUUGAAGGUUUCAGCGACUUGAUUGAUAAAGGAAACUAUAGUUUGAGUGCUUCAUUAAUAUAAAAUUGCAAUAAAAUCUAGUA